AUGGGAUUCCGGUCGUUCCGUGGAUGCAAGUCUCUUGCAAACCUUGCGCUUCCGCAAGAAUCCAAAGCCAUAUUGGAUCCUUUUGAUGGCUGUGCUCUAUUGAAAGAUCGCUUUGGGGCAGGACCAGAUGCUAUUAUCGCCGGUUUGACAAAGGACGAGGAGUUUCCACUUGAGGAUGAGGCCGGAAUGACCCCAUUCCAUGUCCUCCUUUCGACUAUCCGACCAAGACGAGAUCUGCUCCAAGUCCUUGUAGACAAGUUUCCAUACCAGGUUCUCCGCUGGAAAGACGCCAACGAUAAACUGGCAACAGUUUAA